GAUCAUCAAGGCCGUGUGCCUCUGGACCGCUGGGUCGAAGAGGACCACGACGAGGUAGCGAAGAUAGCCGAGGAGCCACCAGUGGUAGAUGACGUGCCGCACCUGGCGGUGGUUCGAGGGAAGUUGGGGGCACUCGUGACGGCUGAUCUAUGA